AUGACGCGCGCCGGUCUUAUUCCUCUCCUCGUCCUGCUCCUCGUCGCGCCUGUUCUUGGUCACGGGGGAGGUGGCCCCGGUGGUUUUGGCGGCGGCCGCGGAGGUGGCGUAAGGGGCGCGCACGGCCCGUUGAUCGACGCGUCCGUCACCGGCAAUCUCACAGGUGCUGCGAACGCACCAUCUGGCAAGCAUCUGCCGCGUGGGCGCGUGGGUCUCCAACUGCACGGCGGACAUCGGCGCGACUCGCGGAAAUUCCUGCUCGCCGUCUUUAAGGACGAGUUGUCGGGCUCCGCCGUCUACAACCUCUAUUUCGACGCGGAUCUCGACGAGUACAGCGGCACCGCGCCCGACACGAUCAGCAUCGUGCAAGGCGCCGCGUGCGACUCGACCGCCACCACCGCCCUCACUCUGCCGUCCACAGGCUGGGCCACCGAGACGCGCGGCGGGCGCGGCGGGUCGCACACGGAGCUGCGCGUGACGGGCACCGUGGAAGGCGCGGACGCGACGGUCGUUGAGGCGAUUCUCGCGGGCGUGCCGAACGCGACGGUGACGCAGAACGUGUUCACCAAGGUGAUCAACGGCGCGAAGCAGGGCUUCCAGAACGCCUUCGGCGGACGCCGCCGCGGGCGCGAGCUCGCGGUGAACAACGCGGGGAAGCUGACGCAGCAGUUCCUGAAGCGCCAGCGCCAGCGCCUCGCGUGGAUGGGCGCAAAGACCAAGGCGCUGUUCGCGACGUUCAUCGGGACCACCGACACCACGACUGAUUCGCCCUACGCUGUCAUUUUUACCGACAGCACGACCGGCAACUCCUGGAGCGCCGCGCUCACUGGGAACUUCGGCAAGUGUGGCGGUCACGGCGGGCGUGGUGGUAACGGGCCUGACGGUGACGGCGAUGGCCCUGGUGGCGCUGGUGGCGCUGGUGGCCGUGGUGGUGGCUAUUAG